CUCCGUUUCAUUAAAUCAGGUCAUGUAUGAAAAUGGAACAACAUGAAACAGAAGACCAUUGGCCUCCAUCCUAUUCCAUACUGGAUUGCCUUCCAUGGGAAGAUGUUCUGUUCAAGAAGGUGUUUCCCAACCUGGCAGUACAGACACUCUUCAGCCUUAGGAGAGUAAGCAAGCAGUUUCAUGAGUGUAUCACAUACUAUUUCCAAACCAGUAAAUGUCUCAACCUUAGCAGGAUAGCAGCCAGAUGUAAUGGUGUUGCUUUUCAAAUCAUGACCAAUGACAAUAGCAACUUACAGGAAUUAAACUUGAGAAACUCUAAAGACUGGCUGACUGAUGAACUCCUUGUGCCAGUGCUGCAAAGAAACAGCCGACUUUUACUUAUAGAUAUAAGUAACUGUACUCGCUUGACUAAUGAGAGUAUCCGUAUCUUGGCUUUACAUUGCCCUAACUUGUGUCGUAUCACACUGAGGGAGUGUAUAUGGUUGAGUGUAGUGGCUGUCACCAACCUGGUUCUACACUGCAGAGGACUAACCCAUGUAGAUUUGUCUGGAUGCUGGAACCUAAAUGAUGAGGCUGUAGUGACAAUGGCAAUGUGUUGUCAGCAACUGGAAUUCCUGUCCAUAGCAAAGAUCUAUGGCGUGACGGAUCAUGCAAUAGCAAAUGUAGCUAGCUACUGUAGACGACUGAAGCAUUUAAACAUGACUGGCUGUUGGAGGGUGACCAAUGAGUCUGUGAUACUUCUAGCAGAGUAUUGCAGGGACCUGAAGGCACUGCAGAUAAGAGAAUGCAGGGAUAUUAAUGAGCAAAGUUUGUGUAAACUAAGGGAGAAAAAUGUGAAAGUGGACAUACCUAAGUACCCCUACACUAUUGUCUGUCCUCUAACAAGGUCACUGCAAAGACUUAAUGUACAAAUAUGAUAGUCAUUUAAGUCUGCAUUUGACUCGCUCAAAAUUGCAAUGUUUUCUCCUUUUGGUAAUCCUAAUUUAUGUGAAUGUAUCAGAUAAGUUGCCUACUGUCAUUUCUUUCAAAUGAGUAAUUUUGUUUAAAAUAUUGUAAAUGAUUUGUACGUAAAUCAGAAGUUUGGUCAUAUAAUAUCAUCAGGUAAAAAUAAUAUUCAUACAAAUGAAUGUUAUAUGAAUUUAAGAAAUUUGAUCAGUUUCACCUAACUGAUUCUUAUAGCUUUCAAUCGCAUAAAUAAGAAAUCAUAUAAAAAUGGGAGGUUAUAUCAUUGUUAUUUUGGGGCAACUGUGCCAAACAUUUUUUUUUUUUUGAAAAAGCAAUGUUAUAUCUGUAUAUUUGCAAUUUGAUAUGCAAGUUUCAAACAGUAAUGGCAGAUAAUCAAAAUUCUCUUCGUUCGUGUAAAUGGUGGAUACUGACCAUAUUGUGAUGCAUGUAGAAUGUGAUGCACGUAGAAAGACAUUGCCUUUUAGAGCUCUUGUUUUAAAAUGAGUAUUCUGCUCAGUGGGAAGGGUUACUUGUGUUCUAGGUGCACUUCUGUUUUGUCUUCUUUUACAAAACUCUAUUACAAAUACAUCUUAAUGUUAAAUACAUAUCUUUUUAUCAAAUACUGGGUUGAAGUAGACCAUUUUUAUUUUAUCAAACUGUAAACCUUCUUUAAUGCCACUUUUUUUUUUUACUAAAUAUUCAAUUUCUCCAUUUUAUCAUCAGUAUAAGAGCAAGAGAUGUUUGUUUCAUUAUUAUUGUGUAAAGUGUUUUAAAUCAUUUUUUCUCACAGUUAAUCAAACCAAGGUAUGAUAUCUGAAAUCUCAAGACCUGGGUAAUUAACAAAGUGGAUAUUUUACCGAUUCCUACCAUGAAUUGAAUCCAAACCCCUCAUAGGUUUAACUUACAUGCCGAAAUAAUUAUAAAAACACUGACCAUACUAGUAAA